UAUUGCUGUAAUCAUCAAUACCACCCUAAGAUGCCUUACUCAAGUACAUAAUGGUGGAAGAAGAAGGUUCCAGUUUAAAGGCUAUUCAGGUUUUGCGUGUUUCUCUUGUGGAUCAGCUGGAGGGACGCAUCGAGUCAGUUUUGGAGAAUCUUGUGAACCAUGGAGUGUUUAGCAGAGACGACAGAGAGCAGGUUUUAUGUCAUUUGGGACCCAGGGCAGUUAGACAAGUUCUGGAUAUUGUUCAGUGCAAAGGAGAGGAAGCUGCCAAAGUCCUCCUCUCUAUCAUCAAGUCUCCUCACCUGGAGCCGCAGUCACAACAGGGCGAAGGACAGUCGACAGAGUACAACAAAACCCUUUUGAAGCACAAGGAUGUCCUUAAGCACAGAAGUGAAAGUAUGCUGUAUUAUAACACCAGACAUGGAGAGAAAAUCUUGUUCUCUGAACAUUAUGUCAGUCUCCUUUUGGUAAAUGGACAUCAGGAUUUGGACAUAAAGCGGCACGAGGUCCUGACGUUUGGCCAUAAGCGUCUCUCUUUGCAGCACAAGGCAGCUUUUCAUAGAAAAAUAACUCCAAAAGAACUCUUCACUUCUACGGAGAGUCGUCCAGUAAAGAAGGUUUUGGUGACAGGGGUUGCUGGCAUCGGAAAGACUAUCCUGGUCCAGAAAAUGUUAUUUGAUUUUGGGAGGUCAAAAGGACACCUCGAGUUUGACUUCAUCAUCCAUAUGACCUUCAGAGACCUCAACCUGAUCGAGAAGCCAACAACCCUUCAAGAUUUGAUUUUGCGCAAAAACAGACACCUGGCAAAAGAACUAGACAAUAUUUUAGCAAAUGACAACAAACUAUUAAUUAUUUUAGAUGGUUUCGAUGAGUUCAAACAUUAUGGAAAAUGUGAUGUGGAUUGUUUUGUGAGUGAACCAGAUGAAGAGGCUGAGGUGGUGGAGAUCUUUGGGAGUUUGAUGCAAGGGGAACUUCUACCCAACGCAUCUGUACUGGUAACAAGUCGGCCUACUGCCAUUAACUACAUCCCAGUUGGAUUCAUCGGUCGAUUAGUUCUCAUUUCUGGCUUCUCUUUGACUGAAGUUCAAGAAUACUUUACCCGUUAUUUCCAAGACAAAAAACUUGCAGACCAAAUGUUUUCUAUUGUAGCGGCAAAUGAGGUAAUGUUAACACUGUGCUACAUACCUGCUUUUUGCUACAUCGUCUGCUGCAUCCUCAAAGAUAAAGAGUUGUGUGGUGAAGGUCCUAACACAAUGACGGACAUUUACGUGCAGUAUCUAGUGGCCAUGCUUCGGUCUCACACUCAGACAAGAGAACAAACUUUGAAAGAUGAAAACAACUCACAACCACUGUCUGAUAUAGUGUUAAAGCUUGGUCAGUUAGCGUUCCACAAACUUAUGGAGCAUCAAACCCUUUUCUACAGCAAUGACAAAGAUGUGAAGGCCUUAGAAGGAUGCACACUGGUUAGCGCCUUCCUUGACAAAACAAUGUCCCAAGAACCAGGGUUUGUGGAGGAAGUCUACUCCUUUACUCACCUCACAGUACAGGAGUUCUUCGCAGCGAUGUAUUGCGCUGUUACGGAUGAACCAUUCCCAGAAGCUUUGCAAAAUGAAAGUACAGAUGAAGGAGCAAACAAUGGACACUUGGACCUUUUCAGUCGUUUUCUUUCUGGGGUCUUAUCUGAACGUAACGCUAACCUGUUAUCGAGACAUGUCCAGCUAACUUGCAACAAAGACAAAGCGGAAAGCUAUCGACAAAUUCUGAUUAGAAAUAUUACAGCGUUGUGCGAGAAUGGAGGUAAUAUCUUGAACAAUUUGCACUGUCUUGUGGAGCAACAAGAUCCCAAUUUUGGCCUUGAUGUACAACCCAAGAGAUUACGCUUAAAUGUUAGCGAUGAAACACUGUCUGAAAUGGAUUACAAAGCCAUUAAAUACUUUUUGAAUCUCACAUACGGUGCAAUAGAGGAGCUGGAUCUCACUGGGACGGGACUAAGCUGUGAAGGACUAAAAACUUUAUUUCCACAUUUGAUUCGAUGUGAAAGAUUAUGGCUUGGAGAUAACACCCUUGAUAUGGACAUAAUUUGGAUUAUUGCUGGUGUGCUACAAAAAUCAGACAUCAUAGAAGUGCUAGGUGUUGGGUGGUCAAACAUUGGGGAUGAUGAAUUAGUCAUUCUUUCUAAAGCCAUACGCGACAAUAAACAGCUCAAGGAACUGUGGAUGGAAGGUAACAGAGUGAGCCAAAAGGGCCUGCAGUCACUUGCGGACUUAACUCCACAUCCUUUGAGAAAAAUUGUAGCCAUAUGGAAUAAUCUGGAAGAGAGAGGUUGUUUGGAUUCAGCUUGUAUACAAGAAAGCAUCUCCAUAAACUUCACUGAUGACGAUGAUGCAGUGUGGGACUCAUGGGGAGAGUGGGUCUUAAAAAGAUGUGAAGGCAUCAGCAAUGACAGGCUCCUUAUUGUUCUCCACAAAGUGUGCAAUAUCCCAGUGCAUUGCAGAGAGGACCAAUGGGCAAAGACCUUCUACAAGAAUCUGUACAAACUCUUGCAGACCAGAAUUGAAAGCUGCACUGAAGAAGAUACCUGCAAAAAGCUUAAGAGGUUUCAAAGUACAUUAUCUUUGUGAGUUAAUGCAGAAACUCUACAUUAAAUCUUAUACUACAAAACAAAUUAAAAACAUGUUGUGGCCCGUACGGGGAUCGAACCCGCGACCUUGGCGUUAUUAGCACCACGCUCUAACCAACUGAGCUAACCGGCCAUGAACAUUUUGUCAGACAUAACCUCAUUUCAGGAAAAAAACGCACAGAUGCCGUGUUUUUAUGUAUUUGUAUGUAUUUAUCGUGUACGUUACUAUGUUUUAUUUAAGUGGAACCUUUAUAUGGAACAAACUGAAACAUUUCUGCGUUGAAAAAUAUAUAUUUGUUUUCCAGAAAUGUUAUGUAUUUUAUCAAUAAAAUAUAAAACCAGUAA